AUGGAUACAACCGCGCCUGCUGCCGUCUUGGAGGCAGAUGUAGAGACAGAUACAAUUCCAGAUCCAGAUCCAGAUCCAGAUGAGGUGGUGGACCACAACACGAAUGACGACGAGGACGACUCCCUUUUCGAUACGGGUUCCAUAAGCACCGCCGCCACAUCUUUCCGUGAGGAUAUGAUGAAGCUGCGUGAAGAGCACGGCCGGAAAUAUCAUGGUUACAUGGAUGCAAAAUAUGUCCUUCCCAUGGACGAGGAAGAGAAGAACCGUCUGGACUUCCAGCACCAUCUCGCAUGGCUAUCCCUAGGCAAGAAGCAAACCUGGGCACCACUCAAGACGUUGCACCGAGCCCUCGAUGUGGGUUGUGGCACAGGACUAUGGGCGAUUGAUUUUGCUGAUGAGCAUCCAGAGACCCAAGUGUUGGGCGUGGAUCUGGCAGCCGUACAGCCUCUAUUCGUCCCUCCCAACCUGCAGUUCGAGGUGGAUGACCUCGAGAAAGAAUGGAAUUUUAGCCGUCGUUUCAAUUACGUCCAUAGCCAACUCAUGAUCGGUGCUUUCCAAGACUGGCCCAAGUUCAUCGGGCAGUCGUUCGAAUUUCUCGAGCCCGGAGGCUAUUUCGAGAUACACGAUAUAGACUUUGUCAUCCGAUGCGACGAUGACACGCUGCCAGCCGACUCGGAUCUUGUCCGGUGGCACAGCCUCAUGCACGAGGGCGCGAACGCCGCUGGAUUUCCUCUUGAUGCCAUUCCCAAAGUACCACAGAUGAUGGCUGAUGCGGGAUUCGAGAACGUUGUCGCGGUACCGAUCAAGUGGCCGAUCAACCCGUGGCCCAAGGACAAGAGAGCUAAGGAAGUCGGUAUGUGGGCAAUGGAGAAUUUUACUUGGGGAUGCCAAAGUAUGAGCCUAGCCCUUUUCACUCGAGCCCUCGGUUGGACGGCCGAGGAAGUGAUGGCGUUCAUGGGCCACGUGAGGCGAGACUUGAAGAAUCGAAAAUACCAUGCUUAUUGGAACUUCUGGGUGGUGUACGGGAAGAAGCCUGGCGGCGAGAGCUCGCCGGAAGCGUUGCCAUGA